UCCGUUUGUUAUGGCAACACCGGACUUAGCGGUGUGUCAAUAACCUGUAUAUGUUGCAUUUCCAAUGCAAGCACUCAAGAGUCUUUGCCCCUCUUCAAAGUCACUUAGGUCAACUAUCAUUUUCUCAAUACUAGAAUUCAAUUAUAAAAGAAAGAAGAUUAAAAAAAACAUUGCGCUUGUUUAGUAUAAAUAUAGGUUGACGGAGUAGGGAAAAGAGAAAACAUCAUAGGAGAGUUUAUUUCCUUUGUAUUAUUAGAGGAAGCUAGUGGUGAUGGGUGUCUCAAGGAGAAAUUGCUUAAUAUUUUUUGUGUUGCUUUCGUUUGCAAUGAAUAUGGAAACAAUUUCAGAAGCAGUAACAGACAAUCUGAGCUGCAACUUUCUGAGCAGUCCAUGCUUUGGGAAGAAAAUAAAAUGCCCUACUCAGUGCCCUCUUAAAUCACCCUCUGACCCAAAUGCCAAAGUUUGCUCUCUUGACUGUGCUUCUCCCGUAUGCAAAACUCAGUGCAAACAUCGCAAACCAAACUGCAAUGGUCGCGGAUCAGCAUGCUUAGACCCACGCUUUAUUGGAGCAGAUGGAAUAGUUUUCUACUUCCAUGGAAGAGUCAAUCAACAUUUCACCUUAGUAUCCGAUCAAAAUCUCCAAAUCAAUGCACGUUUCAUUGGCCUAAGGCCGAAAGGUAGAACAAGAGAUUAUACAUGGAUUCAAGCACUUGGAGUCCUCUUUGAAUCUCACAACUUCAUUGUUGAAUCAACCAAACCAACAAAAUGGGAUCAUGAAAUUGAUCAUUUGAAAUUCUCUUACAAUGGAGAGGAACUUCAUGUUCCACAAGGUUACCUCUCUAAAUGGGAAAUUCAAGAAAAGAAAAUUAGUGUUGAGAGAACAUCAAACACCAAUAGUGUUGUCGUUAAUGUUCAUGGGAUUGUGAAGAUAUAUGUGAAUGUUGUGCCUGUAACUAAGGAAGAUAGUAGAAUUCAUAACUAUCAAAUUCCUGAUAAUGAUUGUUUUGCUCAUUUGGAGGUUCAGUUUAAAUUUUCUGAUCUGUCUUCGAAAGUUGAAGGUGUUCUUGGGAGGACUUAUCAGCCUAAUUUUGAAAAUCCAGCAGCUAAGUUAGGUGUGGGGAUGCCGGUGGUUGGGGGUGAAGAUAGAUAUAGAACUACAUCACUUCUUUCUGCUGAUUGUGGUGCUUGUUUAUUUGUUCCCGGUGAUAAUUCCAAAAACAAGAACAAUGUGAUUGAACUAGUGUUGCCAACAGUGGGAAUGGUAUAGUUUGCAAAAAGAUAAAUGGUUUAUGUUUGUUGAUGUUGUUUGUGAUAAUAUUAUUGCUUUCUGUCUGUCUUGUGUUAUAUAAAAAGACAAGUGUCUGUCAUGGAUUUACCUUGAAUAAAAAGUUCAAUGUUUUAUUUGUUUA